AUGCCUACUCUCAACAAAGGAAGCUCGGUAUACCAUUCGACGUACGCCCUGUAUUGGCGUGACUCGAAUGGCAAACUGUUGGCGGUUGAAGGCAACGGCUCCAAAGAGGUUCGCCAGGCAUGGCCACAACUAUGGGAGGGACUAUCCGCAAGCACCACAGACCGAACGACGACAAAGCUACCGUCCGGCAGACAGAUCGACCGCUUCAAAAUCGAGUUGGGCUUGCCUAUCCUUUCCGACGGUGGACGCCUGGAGUCCGGGGGCCAAACAACACAGAUUCGAGAACUCCAGAGAAGUAACGGCCUCACCCUUGGACAUGUUUCAUCAGAGCAAGGAAACAACUCCACAAACGCAGAUCUCCAUACAUGGUUUGAGGAAUUCCUGCUGCUGCGCACCGAAUUCACACCGUUCAACGCCAUAUCGGAAUCCAAUUGCGAGGCACGACGCAUCUCUGUGCAGAUAUCCGAUCUAUUUGACGCAAAACUCAGAAACUGUCCCCCCAAUGACCAGUGGAGCUCUGGUGGGGGGCGCGAGUAUUUUUUGAACCGAGUAUAUGGGUUCGUCGACAAGGGUCUGCCUGUCAUUUUCUGCUUGCCGGCCUUUCCCUGCAAGUCUUCAAACCCACAGAAGGUCGGGGGCACGUAUCCUGACGCAGCAGAGUAUUAUGCCCUGGUGACGAUGCUUGAGUUCCUCAGAGCAGUUUCUGCCAUUUACAAGCCGGGAGCUAUUCUGUGGCUUAUCAGUGACGGCCAUGUAUUUUCCGACUGCAUUGGUGUCGACGACAUCAAAGUGGACGAGUAUAAGGAUCAACUAAUGGAAAUGUAUCACGAGAUAUGUCCCGAUGAGAAGAGCCGUGGGUUCAUUCGAUUCAUGGGACUGAAGGACAUCUUCCUCUCCGAUCCCGACUUGACAAAUCGAUUGUCGCCGGCAUGGAUGGAGACGGUGGCCUUGGCACACCCUGUUGAAACCGUGCUCACAGACGACGCAGAACUUUGCCGGAAGCUGAUGACGGAUAUGUGUGAGCCGGAUCGAGAUUACCUGCGCAAGCUCAUACAGGACCAAGAACCGCAUGCACUCCAGCUAUACAGGGGUCUUUCGCGGUUCAUGCUGGGUGACCUCGGCAGCCACAAGGCACUCACUUCGUUGAGCACGAAACAGCAAAAGAAGCUUUCCAGUAGCGUUGCGACCGAAAUGAUCCUUCGGAAUCAAGCAUACUCAAAUCUAGUCGAGCUGCUAUUCCCCAACUAUGUCCGACUGUCCAUCCAUGCUCACGAUAACCGAGGACCCAAGUUCGGUAUCAAUCUUUUCCCCAAGACGAUGAUACGGUCGAUCCGUUCCCUAGAGACGCGGCAUGAGACUCACUCGUCGUACGACUUCCACUUACCAACGCCGUGGCAUAAUUCGAUCAUCAAGGUCAAUGGCGACGAGUACAUGUACGUGGGCAGAGCAGACAUUGCGCACGCCGGCUUUGACAGCCCUCAGUUUAGCGGCUCGUGGGUGUCUGGGCCGAACGGGGGACACUUUUCGAUAAGCAGCAAGGAGCAGCCUGUGGCAGAGAAGCCAGCCCAGGAAGUAUAUCCCAAGUCCGGUUUGUUUAUGUUUAUCCAGUGGGUAUGGUUCGGUAUCACCAAGCCCUUUUGGACUCUCUGGCAGUGAGCAUGAAUUUGACGAAUUAACGACGACAACGCGGGUGGAUGUAAAUAUGGAUGUGAACAGGACAAACAGACCCAAGACAUACAUAGAGAGGUUAUCUGGAGAUAUAGUUAUGUAGAUCGACCCCAAAA